CUCGGUCCGGCCCCGUCAGGGAUCGCCCGCCGCCGCCAUCUUGGACCUGGCGCGAGUGAGGGGCGGCGGAGUCGGGGUGGGGGGGCGCCCGCCGGUGCAGCCAUGGCAACCGCCGCCGCGGAGCAGGAAAUGGCCUCGGAUGUUCCUUCCUUGGGAGCCACUUCGGGCACGGCGGGAGCAGCCGCGCAUCCCGCAGGAAGCCUCAGCCAGAGGAACAGCAAGCGGAGGACGGGGCUCGAUUUUGAUGAAGAUAGUGACGGGAACGGCAAAUUUCUCAGAUGUGAGGAUGACCAGCUCUCCACCGACAAAGAGCGGUUUGCGAGGUCUGACGACGAGCAGAGCUCGGCGGAUAAGGAAAGGUUGGCCAGGGAGAACCACAGCGAGAUCGAGCGCCGGCGCCGGAACAAGAUGACCGCCUACAUCACGGAGCUCUCCGACAUGGUGCCCACCUGCAGCGCCCUGGCCCGCAAGCCGGACAAGCUCACCAUCCUGCGCAUGGCCGUCUCCCACAUGAAGUCGCUGCGGGGCACCGGGAACACCUCCACGGAUGGCAGCUACAAGCCCUCCUUCCUCACCGACCAGGAGCUGAAACACCUGAUCCUGGAGGCGGCCGAUGGCUUCCUCUUUAUCGUCUCCUGCGAGACGGGCCGGGUGGUCUACGUCUCCGACUCGGUGACGCCCGUCCUGAACCAGCCCCAGUCGGAGUGGUUCGGGAGCACCCUCUACGAGCAGGUGCACCCCGACGACGUGGAGAAGCUGCGGGAACAGCUGUCCACCUCGGAGAACGCGCUGAGCGGCCGCAUCCUGGAUCUGAAGACGGGGACGGUCAAGAAGGAGGGUCAGCAGUCCAUGAGGAUGUGCAUGGGGUCCCGGAGGUCCUUCAUCUGUCGGAUGAGAUGUGGGAACGCAACAGUCGAUCCCGUCUCCAUGAACCGGCUGAGCUACAUGAGGAAUCGCUGCAGGAACGGACUGGGUGCCAUCAAAGAGGGGGAGCCCCAUUUUGUGGUCGUCCACUGCACAGGAUACAUCAAGGCUUGGCCCCCAGCCGGAGUUUCCCUGCCCGAUGAUGACCCGGAUGCCGGACAGGGCAGCAAAUUCUGCCUGGUGGCCAUCGGCAGGUUGCAGGUUACCAGCUCCCCCGGCUGCACCGACAUGAACACGGUAUGUCAGCCCACCGAAUUCAUCUCCCGGCACAACACGGACGGUCUGUUCACCUUCGUGGACCACCGCUGCAUGGCCACAGUGGGCUACAAGCCCCAGGAACUCCUGGGAAAGGACAUUGUUGAGUUCUGCCAUCCUGAAGACCAGCAGCUGUUGAGGGACAGCUUCCAGCAGGUGGUGAAGUUAAAGGGCCAGGUGCUCUCCGUCAUGUUCCGUUUCCGAUCCAAGAACCGCGAAUGGCUCUGGAUGCGGACUAGCUCCUUCACUUUCCAGAACCCCUACUCGGACGAGAUCGAGUACAUCAUCUGCACCAACACCAACGUGAAGAAUGCCAACCAGGACACCCGGCCGGCCGUCUCGAACGCAAUGCAGCGGCCCCAGUUAGGCCCCAAUGUCAGCCUGCCUUUGGAGAUGGGCCCGGGCCACCUGGCCGCCAGGUCGCAGCCAGCCCAGCCGGCAGAGCUCGAGGUGGUUCCCGGGAGAGAGAGCUUAGCCACUUACGAACACCCGCAGGCUGCCCUUCAGGCUGUGAGCGCCUCUGGCCCCGAGCACAGCAAGCCUCUGGAGAAGCCCGGGGUCCUCUUCGGCCAGGAGCGGGACCCCCGCUUAAGCGAGAUCUACGGCGGCAUCAGCCCAGACCAGACGAAGCCCAUUUCGGCCAACUCGGUGCCCACCAGCCAGCCCCUCUUCGCCCCAGGGAACAGCUUCGGGGCUUCCGGCCCCGCUGAGAGCUUCCACAGCAGCAGCAACACCCUGGCGCCCCCCGUGAACGUCCUGCAGCCUGGCCGGGCACACUCGACCGCAGCCGGACCCAUCCUGGCCCAUCUCUCCCGCCACGCCAGCCCCGGCCAGGUUUCCGGAAGCGGCUGGGCUUCGGGAUCGCGCCCGCCUUUCACGGCCCAACCAGCGGCUUCCCAGCCGGUGAAGACUCGCCCCCCCUCCUUUGCCAUGGGCAGCUUCCAGGCCACGCCGUCCUCCUUCGGCCCCAUGCCAAACCCCGGGUCCGCGGCCUCGCCAGCCGGGGCUCCCUACCCAAGUCUUGCCGGUCGGAAUGCCCCUUUCGCUGCCGGAGAGAGCGGGCAGAAUCCGGCCCCGUUCCAGGCGCGGACGGCAGAAGGAGUCGGCGUUUGGCCCCAGUGGCAGAGCUCAGGCGAGCCCCACGUCCAGCAGCAGUCUACCCAGGCAGAGGUCUUCCCGGAUAUGCUGUCCAUGCUGGGGGAACAAGGAACCAACUACAGCAGCGAAGAAUUUCCCGAACUGAACAUAUUUCCGCCCUUUUCGGAGUAAGCGAGGGAGACCAUCUGCCACGAUGGGACGUUAUUCUGUGUAGCAACAUGGAGGGGGUCUCUUCCUCACCUCCCCCCAAUCCUUUGCAAAGAGCCCCCAAGUCUUCCUGGGGGGGGGGAACAAAAGUCUCCAAGGGGGGUCACAAACACAGGUGAGCUGAGGCUUGACCUUCCCACCAAAUCUGCCCAGGAAGACCCUCCCUCCCUCCCGCGACGGGCAUUACUCAGAGACCCUCCGGGAGAAAGGAACUGAUAGGAUAUCUUGUUUUUUUUCCCCUCCGACAUCCAACACGGGAAAAGAUGCUCGGGAAGGAAAAAGCUCAGCAGGUUGUUAUUGUUAUUAAUUUUUUUUUUGGUCUUGUUUUGUUUUUAAUUCUACGGCAUAAUCUUUUAUACCUACCUUGUAUUCUCAUUUAUACACGCCGAGGGAGCUGUGUUUUGUGAAGAGGCUCCUGCUUCUUAGGCGGUUUUGUGACUUGUGAACCGGGCGGAAAUCCUGGCCCCGUGUUUCUUCCCUCGCACGCUCGCACACGCGUGUCUCUUGUCUCACAAGCAGUAUUAAUGAAAUGCUGGGGGGAGGGGGCUGACAUACCCCUCCCUCCUCAUCUGUUCCCUUUGUUGGUUAGCUCGUCUUUCCAUACCUCUUUCGGGCCACGCUGUGCUCUGCGCUUGGAGACUGUGCUGGCACAAUCUUCUUCGUGAAAAUCUCCCUUUUUGGGGGACGGGGCGAUUGACAAUCAUGGUGGACGGCAAGGAAGCCAGGAGAAAAAAAACUCCCUGUUUUAAAAUAAUGUUUAGGGCCCUGAUUGGGGGAGGGGCCGUCCCCGUCUUGGAAAGUAGGAAAACGAUGCUGGUUCAGUCCUGGAGGUGAUCAAGGGAAGCCGCUUGGUACCUUUUCCAGCCGUUUUUCCAAGUCGGGCGUGGGUCAGGGUGCUUUCUUGCGCCCCCUCCCCUCCCUUCCCAAUCUCUGUGAAGCCCUUUUCCUCUCUAUUUGUACGCGCUUUACCACGGGGACACCAAAAAGCCAUAAAAAUUGCACAAAGUUCA